UGUGCCAUUUGAUGCUUCUACGAAAAGUCCGGAAUUUCGGGAUAAAUUGCGGGAUUUUGGGAUGAAAAGCAGCCAUGAUUAACCAGUUAAUGUUUGUCAUCACUUCAUCACCUUGCAGAAAAUCCUGCGUCACACUAUUAGAGAUGGGUGCCGACAUCAACAGCCCUGAUACCGUGGGCUGGACUCCCCUGUUGUGGGCUGCUAAGGCCGGAAACGUCGGCGUUGUAGAACUCCUUCUCGAGAGAGGCGUGCUCACAGAUCACGUGGAUAUCGAUGGUAACGCGGCACUUCAUGUAGCAGCACACUUCAAUCAAGUGGAGACUACCAGGAUUCUGAUGAAUUAUGGGGCAAGCUUGCUGCUACUCAACAAACGUGGAAUGACAUGCUUGGACGUUGCUAUGGAAGCGCAGAAUAAUGAAGUGGUGAUGGUUAUUGUCAAACAUCAAAGAUGGCGUGAAGUUCUAACAGCUACGAGUGUCAAUCCUAAUCCAAUGGGAAGGUUAAUCGAACAUUUUCCAGAUGCCGCCCAUGUUGUCAUGGAUCGGUGCAUCCAAAGAUCACUUUCUGAGCGCUCCAUCAAGUAUGAUUUCACCCUCCUAGAUCCAGGUCCCGACGACCAAAGUGGCGCAAAAGCGGAACGUUUCCUGGGCCUGUCGACCAUGGUGAAACAUAAACAACAGCUUCUCCUGACUCACGCGCUCUCUCGUAAGCUGAUGGUGUUGAAGUGGAGGAAGUUCGGCUGGUUUGUCUACGGAGGAAAUCUCUUUCUUUAUUCAGUUUUUCUCGUAUUUCUGACGAUUUUUGUUCUGACGGAGAGAGAAACAAUCGACUUUCCAGAGCCUCCAGAGCCUGGUGAAGAGCCAGAUAUAGAAGAUGAUUUCUUCCAAGAGAGAAACAGUUUCAACCAGGCUGUGCCCUACAUCGUCAUAAUAUUUGCAGCGUUACACCUUGCGAAAGAGCUUUAUCAAAUUUACUCGCAGAGGUUUCGUUACUUCACAGAGUGGUCCAACGCCUUGGAAUGGACGUUGUACAUUACUGCGUCAUUGUUCGUUUUGCCCUACGUUUCUGACCCCAAUACUUUCAGAAGUACUUACGCUGUGUACUGGCAGAUGGGAACGUUUUCUAUCUUUUUUGGCUACAUCAACCUAAUCCUUAUCAUAGAGCCACUUAAGUACGUGGGUUUGUACGUGACCAUGUUCCUCGAAGUGAUGAAGACCGUGCUAAAGGUUUUGUGUUUAUUCGUGAUGUUCACCUUGGCCUUUUCUAUGGCGUUUUUUAUUUUGUUGAAGGAACAGGUAAGUGAGCGAAUCUCUUAAAUAUUUAAGUAUGUUUUAGUGCAUGAGUACACACGAUCAACUUUUUGGCAGGGAUGUGUUUCGUCCUUAGUGGUUCGUGUUCAUCGAAGAAGAAUGUUGUAAGUUGAAAAGCUCAGUCACAGUAUUUUGAGUUGAAGAAACCUUAAAAUAGUUGUUUAUUAAGAGAGAAAAAAACACCAAAAAGAUUAUUAUAAACCAUAAGAGGACUGGCGGUUGGUUAAGGCUGGAUAUGAUUUUAACACGCAUUGCAAACGACAAACUAAAUCAAGAUUCGCAAACCAUGACGUAGCUCCAUUUAAUGCAUCAGUCAA